GAUUCCUUUGGGAAGCGUGUGUGGUUUACGCGUUGUGGAGAUGGCGAUGUUGUUAGACGGUGGCCCCCAGUUCCCCACACUGGGCGUCGGUGGCUUUGCCAGCCCCCGGCACCAUGAUAUAGCUAACCGGGACCCGGCACUCGGACUCAGCCCGUUCUGCGAUUCGCCUCAUCCUGGAGCUUUCAAACUGAGCCCGGCGUCUCACGACAUCUCCGCCAGCCAGACAUCUGCUUUCACCCCACAGGGAUCCGGAUACACUACCGCCUUGGCUCCGCAUGCCAGCCAAGUUGGCUCCUACAGCGGGACACAUUUUAAUUCCAGCCGGGACUUCCUAUUCCGCAACCGGAGCGCUGGGAUCGGGGACUGCCCUUCCACAAGUGCUCAGCAAGGCAUUUUCACUUCACCUAGCGGAGGCAUGCAUGCCCCCCCGGGGAUGUCUGACACUCCGGGGCACCUUUUAUUCCCAGGGCUUCAUGAGCAGGCGCCCAGUCACACAUCUGCCAAUGGUCACGUAGUGAACGGCCAGAUGCGCCUGGGUUUACAUGGCGAUCUGUUUGGCAGACCAGACCCUUACCGAGCGGUGACCAGUCCCAGGACUGACCCGUACGCCGCUGCUCAGCUCCACAAUUACAGCGCAAUGAACAUGAAUGUAAGCGGACAUCACGGACCCGGCGCUUUCUUUCGGUACAUGAGACAGCCCAUUAAACAGGAACUGCCCUGCAAAUGGAUUGAGGAAGUUCAAAUCAAUCGCAGCAAAAAGACUUGCGAGAGGACUUUCGGCAGCAUGCACGAGCUGGUCACCCACAUCACCAUCGAACAUGUUGGGGGACCCGAGCAAACCAAUCACAUUUGCUACUGGGAGCAGUGUUCCCGAGGAGGAAAAUCUUUUAAAGCCAAAUACAAACUCAUUAAUCACAUUCGAGUGCACACGGGCGAGAAGCCGUUCCCAUGUCCCUUCCCGGGAUGUGGAAAAAUAUUCGCCAGGUCGGAAAAUCUUAAGAUUCACAAACGGACCCAUACAGGUGAAAAGCCCUUUAAGUGUGAGUUUGAGGGCUGCGACAGGAGAUUCGCCAACAGCAGCGAUCGUAAGAAACACAUGCAUGUGCAUACCUCGGACAAACCGUAUAUCUGCAGGAUGUGUGACAAGUCGUACACUCAUCCCAGUUCUCUUCGGAAACACAUGAAGGUACAUGAAUCUCAAGGUUCGGAUUCCUCUCCAGCCCCAAGCUCCGGCUAUGAAUCUUCCACGCCGCCCAGCCUCCUCUCUUCAAACAGUGAAGAUCCCAGCAAAAACUCGGCCCCAGCCACACAGAACACAGCCAACCACAACCCUCCACUGCCGCCUAAUUUCAAUGAGUGGUAUGUUUGA